AUGGAAUACAUUCAAUCCCAUCGCAACCCCCUUUUCUCGCCGCCGACCACAUCUGGUGAUAUUCUUCUCGUCAUCUCCCUCCUGCUACUUUACGGCUUGUUACCGAUGCAGCGGCGACGCAGCAAGGCAGCAGCCACCCUCGCAUGGGGAUUCCGGACAGAAAAACCCAAACGCCAAGCGCAAUCCCACAAAAGUCCUGGAGCUCUUGAAGGAACGGGCCUGCACCCCGUUCCCUCCGUCUCGUUACAGCUGCCAAGACAACUCGCCGUCCUUUACUGCCAUCAGUCAUUGUAG